AGGAACAGCUUCCUGGUCAGCGGGCGCUUCCUGGUCAGCAGGCGAGGCCAAGAUCAGGCCCUGGCUGUGGGGCAGUACUGGACGCACCCCGCGGGGCUCCCGGGGGUAAGAUCACUCCUGGGAAGGGUUCCACAGGCGACCCGCGGGGUAAGGCCCUGGCAGGAGUCCAGAGACCCUCCUCAUCUUUCAGUUGCAGGGAGGGCGACCUGCAUGCCGAAAGCUGCGCCUGCGCCAUGGACCGUGGCCAGCCCAGCCCGGAACCCACAGCCGCGGUCCCCCGAGCCUCGGGUCCCUGCGUGAUCGCGCCGGUGCGCGCUGUGCUCCGCUUGCGCCGCCGGGUGUGCGUCCUCCGCCAGCGGCGCCUCCCACUUCCCAGCGCGGGGCCAGAGGGGACCGGGGCGCCCAGGCUGAGCUGCACCUCCGGGGCACCGCGCUCGACCCUGGACCAGCCACAAUUCUUCACCUUCGACGGCCCAGCGGAGCUGUCCUUUAGGACGCCGCGCAAGAAGCGCCGGCGCAGCCGCGUGGUGCUUUACCCGGAGACCUCACGCAAGUAUCGGCCGCGCGUGGAGCGUAGGAGCCGCGCACAGCGCUGCCUGCUGCUGCUUGUGGCCAUCGUGGGCUUUCAGGUGCUCAACGCCAUUGAGAACCUGGACGAUAACGCUCAGCGUUACGACCUCGACGGGCUGGAGAAAGUGCUGCAGCGCACCGUGUUCGGCCAGCCAGCUGCUGUGGGGCGCGUCGUGGCGCUGAUGCGAGACUACCUGGCCACGCACGUACACAGUCGGCCGCUCCUCCUGGCCUUGCACGGACCCAGUGGCGUGGGCAAGAGCCACGUGGGCCGCCUCCUGGCACGCCACUUCCGCGCCGUGCUCGAAGACAGUGCACUUGUGCUGCAGUACCACACACGGCACCACUGCCCCGAGCAGCGCGCCACGCAGGACUGCCGCGAGGAGCUGGCGCGCCGGGUGGCCGAUGUGGUGGCGCGGGCUGAGGCGGAGGAGAAGACCCCGCUCUUGGUGCUGGAUGAGGUGGAGCUCAUGCCGCCUGCGCUGCUGGACGAGUUGCACGGCUUCUUGCAGCCGCAGCGCUCCCACCAUUUCCACAACGCAAUCUACGUGCUCCUUAGUGGCGCCGGGGGCGCGGAGAUCACGCGAUUCGUGCUGCAGAACGCGUCUCGCACGCUUUCCUUGCGCCCCGACGGGGCCCGCAGCGCCCGGGCCGCAGCGGCACAGGCAGAGGAGGACCUGCGUGCCAGCCUGCGGGCACUCCUAGCCCAUGAGCACCCGCUGUGGCAGGCUGCGGCUGUCGUGCCCUUCCUGCUGCUGGAUAAACGGGACGUGGUUAACUGCUUCCGGGACGAGAUGGCGGGCGAGGGAUUUUUUCCGGAGCAGGCCCGCGCUGAGCAUCUGGCCGCGCAGCUCAGCUACUAUCGUGUUGCUGGCCGCGAGUUCGCCAUCACCGGCUGCAAGCAGGUGGUGGCCAGGGUGAAUCUCCUGUAGCAUAGAGACAGGCUCGGCGGACAUCAGCAGGCGUUGAGGGGACGUCUGGACUGCUGGUGAGGGCAGUAGGGGGCGGUCGAGAACCCUGUGGGCUUGUCCCAGGCCCCUGUGCCCCCUUAUAAAGUCGCAGUGGGUCAGGGUCAGUCAGCCCUGCGCUCUCUACAUCUAUUCCACACUUCAGAGCCCUGGGGUUCUCCUGGGGUCAUCAGGAGAGGUGCCACCUUCCGCCCCUUAAUUUGGUCACAGUCCUCACCAGUGAGACCCAGGCAUGGUUGAGGGAGCCUCCAGGUGGCUAGGCUGUCUCAGAGAUGAUCUCCGAGUGGGCAGCUCCCAGGGUUACACAAUUGGAAUGUGAACCCCAGCUUUGGGGGUGCUUUACUCUUGACACCUGACCCUUUCUUGGCCACUGGCUCUGGAGAGACACCCGGUUAUUUUGCAGCCAACAAUGGCAACAGUAACAUCGCUCCCAGGUCCUGGCCGUUUUGUCCGCCCACCUCGUGAUCUGAGGCUUACAUUGCUUGACUGGAAGCAGAGGAGAGGCCAGUCUCACGCAGCCUCUCCCCUCCUUCCAAGGCCUCUGUACCACAGCCGACUGUGGGUGGAUCUCCUUGACAACGUGGGCUGUCUGGGCACCCUGGUCGCGCCCCUCCAGUCCUGAGCCUCUCUAACCUUUAGAGCCCCGAGUUCUGCCCAGGUCGCGCCCGGGUCCCCCACACACCGGUCUAUCCGGGCACUCCAGGCCUCCCGGGCUCGCAGCACACGCUCCGCCUCCGGAAAGCCCUCACGGGCUCCUAGUAGAUGGGUUCAUUGCUCAAAAGGGGCUGUGGGCGUUUUUUAUGCCAUGGCUUUCCGGGCCGGCGGUCGCUAGGCGACGGUUCUGCCCUCUGCCAAAGCCCCGGCAACGGGAACGCACCGGCGGUCUCAGUGCUGCCGCCCCGCGGCCCAGCUCGGCCCAGCCCCCGGAGCCUCCAAGGUUGCGGCUUCUGCGGUCGCGCCGGGGCAGAGCGUCACCGACUGAGCCGGCCGCAUCCCCUCCCCUCACGGUCUGUGUCAGGCCUGCUCCGGAGGAGCACACCGCCCAAUGGAUGGGACACAGGCACGCUGACCACAGACCGCACCAUCACCCUAAAAGUGAGGCCGCGGGUGGUCGGCGGUGAGGAGGGGGUUCACGCCGGUGGUGAGUGGAGGGGUGGGGCGUCGGAGGGGACACAGCAAGGUAUUGGCGGUGCUGUGCCUGGAGUCAGUCUGCACGCAGGUGCGUGCGAUACCACGAACUUGGAUAGACAAACUCAGUCCAAUUCCUGUCCUUGGAGACUCCCGUUGAGGCCAGUCACCUGUGACAGUGUCCCCAGAAGAGUUGACUGGCUGGCUUCUUGAGCAGAGGUCCUGCCCGUCUCUGGAAGAGUCCCACUUUCAGUCCUCCCACCCUUCUCACCCUGGUCUGCGGAGC